UGGAAGCCUCUUAUUGGUCCUAUUCGAAUCGCGUUGAACUUCUCAUCUCCCCCUUUUCUCUUCAUCUUUUCGUCUGUUGGUUACUUAGGGUUGGCUUCUUUCUCUCUCCUUUCUCUCCUCUUUCCCGCUCGCCGGCCGUCGGUGACGGGAAUCCUAUUUUCCGAUCAUAUUUCCGGCGGUUUCAGUUGAAGCUUUUCUGGUUGCAGCGAUUGGAGCUGAAAGAGAAGAUGGCAAGUCAAAGCGGUUCCUCUCGAAGGAGUUUUUCGUCAACGAAGAAACCUUCUGACUCUACUGCUCGAAAAUCUCUUUCCUCUUCGCGCCCUACGGGAUUAACGGGAGAGAGGACAGUGAAGUCAUUGCGACUUUCAAAGGCCCUAACAGUACCUGAAACAACAACUGUCUAUGAAGCUUGCCGUCGGAUGGCUGCCCGUAGAGUGGAUGCUCUAUUACUAACUGAUUCUAAUGCUUUGCUCUCUGGAAUCCUCACGGACAAGGAUAUAGCAACAAGAGUUAUUGCCCGAGAGAUAAAUCUUGAAGAGACACCUGUUUCCAAGGUUAUGACAAGGAAUCCGGUAUUUGUCCUUUCUGAAACUCUUGCUGUGGAAGCCCUCCAAAAGAUGGUGCAAGGGAAAUUCAGACAUUUACCUGUGGUGGAGAAUGGAGAAGUUUUGGCUUUACUUGACAUAGCAAAGUGUUUGUAUGAUGCCAUUGCCCGUAUGGAAAGGGCAGCUGAGAAAGGAAAAGCAAUUGCAGCAGCUGUUGAAGGAGUUGAAAAACACUGGGGAGCAUCUGCUCCUGACUCCAAUUCAUCAUUCAUUGAGACUCUUCGGGAGCAGAUAUUCAAGCCAUCAUUGUCUACUAUCAUUCCUGAGAAUUCAAAGGUUGUAACAGUUUCACCAACAGACUCGGUUUUGACAACAACUAAGAAGAUGCUUGAACUUCGUGCAAGUUGUGCUGUUGUGACAGUCGAUGACAAACCUCAUGGCAUUUUUACUUCAAAGGAUAUCUUGAUGCGGGUAAUUGCACAAAAUCUUCCCCCUGAGUCAACUCUUGUUGAGAAGGUCAUGACUCCAAAUCCAGAAUGUGCAGUAAUUGAUACACCAAUUGUUGAUGCACUUCACACUAUGCAUGAUGGAAAAUUUUUGCAUCUUCCUGUGGUUGAUAGAGAUGGCAGUGUAGUUGCUGUGGUUGAUGUGAUUCAUGUCACUCAUGCUGCUGUGGCGACAGUAAGUAAGGUUGGAAACAAUGAAGCUGCCACCUCCAUGAUGCAAAGAUUUUGGGAUUCAGCCAUGGCCUUAACUCCAAAUGAUGAUGAUGACGAAACUCGAAGCAGUGACAGUUCCUUGAAAUUGGCUUCUGAGGGAGGAGAAACAGGGAGAUCCCUUCCUCAUCUUUCAUCAAGCAUGGCCAAUACAUUUUCCUUCAAAAUACAAGAUAAGAAGGGCAGAAUGCACAGGUUCACAUGUGAUACCCGGAACAUGACAGAAGUUAUAACUUCAAUCCUUCAGAGACUUGGUGACGAUAUUGAUCCCAACAACCUGCCCCAAAUUCUGUAUGAAGAUGAAGAUCAUGAUAAAGUUGUACUGGCUUCGGACAGUGAUCUUGCUGCAGCUGUGGACCAUGCAAGGACGGCUGGUUUGAAGGGUUUGAAAUUGCAUUUAGACUACGCAGGAACACGUGGUUAUGGGAGAGGUUCUCGUUCUGGAAGUCUGGAGCAUGCUAAUUCAGAUGCAUGGGCCUCAGCGUAUAGUGCUGUUGCUGCUGGUGCUGCACUCGUUGCAGGCUUAGGCCUAUUAACUUAUCUGAAGCGAGUUUGAUGAAAGGAAGAAGCGAGUUUUUUCUUAGUGUGGGCCAAGCUGAAGACAGUUGGAACUUUGAAGGGCACAUUGCGCUUGCCAUCUUUAUGUUCUGAAAUUUUGUACAACUACAUUUAUUGAUACGAGGAAGAGGUUAAAGCAUUUUUUAGCGUUGGGUAUUGUGCUUUCUGAAAUUUGGGUUGCAGCAUCCUUGCUGCUUGUAUAUUUGUAAUUUUAGGUUUUGCAGCCUCAUCAAUCCUGGAGGUUGUGUACAAUAACAAAUGGCUUAAACAGAAGUUUCUGUCCAUUUUUUCUGACAUAAUGAUUUAAUAAAAUCAAUUGAUAAGGACUGAGAUUA